CUGAAUUUGGCCUCAGCUUUUAUGUUGGCAGGAUCAAAAAGGGGAGAUGGAUCCCACUGAAAACUCACUGAUGGCAAUGAAACAUGGAAAUUCUCUUUCUUACUUCGUCCCCAAAUUACUGAGGAUUUUUCCAUGCUUUGGGAUAUAUUAAUGGGUUUUUUCCCCAGGCUGAAUUAAUUCAUUAUCCCUUUUCCUGUCCCUUUAGGAGAAAGCCAGGCAUCCCAUCUGCUGUGUGACUGGAGGCUGAGGAUGGGACUACCUCAAAUCCUCUCUCCUUUUUGGGUUUCCCAUCUCUUCCCUGGCUUGUUGCCAUGUGUUUCCUGGGGCUGUGUCCUGUGGGAUGUUUUGGGGCCCUGAGAUGCUGUCAGGGCUGGGCUGAGCUCAGCAUUGCUGGCAGAGGCAGCAGGGGUCACUCCACUGUGUCUCCUGUACCCCAUCAGUCUGGGGGGUCUGGGGGAGGUGAACUCCCACCCUGAGCCUUUCAAUCCACCCCUCCCUGGGUGCCCUGGAUGGAAAUCCAGCUUCUCAAGGGUUCUUUUCUCCUGCUGGGCUCCCUGGCUGGGCACAUCAGGCGCAGACUCCUCCGGCCUGGCCUGCCACACAUUCCCCAAACAGAAUAGCUGGGAUUCCUGCAUUCCCUCCCCCAAAAUGACCAGUGACAUCAGCAGCUGGCUCCAGGACAGGAUGGGACCCCACUGCAGCAAGGAGCCCCACAAAGCCCAGGAGAGGCUCUGUUUUGGUCCUGAGGCAUCAACACUUCCCUGGUAGAUUUGUUUUUGCAGAAUUACCUGGGUGCUGUGGAAGCUCUGCAAGGCCUGGGUUAGGGAGGGAGUGUCCCACAUUCCCAGAGGUGCCCACUCAUGGGCAGUUAUUUCCUUAAAGCCCCAACCCCUGGAGUCACUCCAGCCCUGCAGGAGCUUGGCUUUUCCCAAAGACCUCGCUGUUGUGGGAAAUGAGGGAAGGAGUUUACAGAGGAGCACAGAGAAGAGAAAGCCCAAAAGUGGGUGUGAAAAUAAACCCUUCUCACCUUGGAGUUGCCCUGAACAUGCACUUUGUGACCCUCAGGUCACCUCAUCUGUGCUGGAGAUUGGCCUAGGGGUUUUGGGAAGGGGGAAAAUCCCCCUUGUGUGGUUGGGAACAGCUUGGGUACUGAUGAGCUGCUCUCUAACUCCUUCCUGCCCCAGAGCCAGGGCCCUUGGGGGGGAAAAUCCACCCCUGGCAUGGCUGGGGAGCAGCAGGGCUGUGAGAGAGGAGCAGGUGCUGAAGGGUUAACGGGGAGUGUUUGCAGCCAGUCCCUUGUCACCAAGGAGAAGCGAUCAGCACUUGGGAAGGAAACAAAACACCCACUGCCCAGGAGGGUGAUUUCCUCUCCCCAGCAGCAUUACAGCCCUGGGACCCCAGAAGGGCUCUGGACACCACCAGGACACUGUCACCUCACCGAGCAGGUGGCACCAGUCUUAUGGCAGGAUGUGGGGGACACCGGGCACGGGGGCACGGAGCAUCCGUCCCUACCGCUCCAGCGGGCAGUACCUGUACGCCAUGAAGGAGGACCUGGCGGAGUGGCUGAAGGAGCUCUACGGCCUUGACAUCGAGGUGGGCACCUUCUUGGAGGUGCUGGAGACGGGGGCUGUGCUGUGCUCCCACGCCAACCACGUCACCCAGGUGGCCGGGGAGUUCGCCCGUGCCUGCCCCGACCUGGCCCGGCACCUCCAUCUGCCCACCGCUGGUGUCACCUGCAACCUCACAGCACAGCCAGGCACCUUCCAGGCCAGGGACAACGUCUCCAACUUCAUCCAGUGGUGCAGGAAGGAAAUGGAUAUCAAAGACGUCCUGAUGUUCGAGACAGAGGACCUGGUGCUGAGGAAGAACGAGAAGAACUUCGUGCUGUGCCUGCUGGAGCUGGCACGCCACGCUUCCCGCUUCGGAAUGCGCGCCCCGACCCUGGUGCAGAUGGAGGAGGAGAUCGAGGAGGAGCUUCGGCAGGAGCUGGACCUGCCUGCCACGGAGCCCGCCCUGCCCCGGCCCCCCAGGAGAACACGGGACCUCAACAACCUCGACCAGAUGGUCCAGCACCUGGUGAGCCGCUGUACCUGCCCUGUCCAGUUCCCCAUGAUCAAGAUCUCCGAAGGGAAAUACCGGGUGGGGGACUCUGACACCCUCAUCUUUGUCCGGAUCCUGCGGGAGCACGUCAUGGUGCGGGUCGGGGGCGGCUGGGACACGCUGGAGCACUACCUGGACAAGCACGACCCGUGUCGCUGCACCUCGCUCUCUCACAAACAAGGCUGGAAAGCGCGGAGCCCGCAGCAGCCGGUGCAGCACGAGGUGCGGCUGUGCCCGGCCCCGAGAACCGCCCGCAGCCCCCAGCCCGCGCUGCUGGUCAGCCGCUCCCAGAGCCCCCUGCCCCCCGUCACCUGGGGGGCCCGUGUCACCCCUGGGUGCCCCCGGUGUCCUGCCACCCCCUCACCAGAGGGCUCGGGUCGCCAGCCGGGUGCCAGCCCUCACCCGGAGCCGCCGCAGCCCCGGAGGGUCCCUUCGGGCAGGAUGCGGGAGCCACCCGCUGUCCCUUUGCGGAGGCAGCCGCCACCAUCCCGGUCACCUGCUGGAUCCAGCUCCCCUGGGCACGGGGCUCGGGGCCGGGCACCCGUCCCUUCCCGGCUGGGCCCGGGGAAAUGCAUCCCCGCGGUACCGGCACGGGGCAGGCCCGCAGCACCGGGCCCGCGGACGGUACCGGCACCUCCGAGCAGCGCCCAGCAAGGAGGAAAAUCAUCUGUGCUGGCUGCCAGGGCACAGGAAACGGGGACACCCACCACAGCGACACCCCGAGACCCCAGUCCCUUCAAGGGCCGUGCCCCCAGUCCCCUAAAGGUCUGCGCCCCCUCCUCGCACCGGGAUGCUCCGGGAGACUCCCAGGGCCUGAAGAGCCCACGGGAAGGGAAGCAGGGAGCCCUUGGCCGGGGCCGACAGCCUUCACCCCGAAAUUCUUCCAGCCACCCCCCGAAACUGGACAGCGGCGUUAAACCCCCCAGCAAAGGCAGCCCGGCCGCCUCCCGGCCCCCCACCCCUCUGGGCCGUUCCGCAGGGGGGUGCAGGGUCUGUGCUGCUGGGGACUGUCCCCAGGGGACACGGCAGUGCCACCCAGCCCCGGACCCCGGGGCUGCUGAGGUACCUCGGGUGCCAGAGGACGAAGCCAGGGGAGCCUGUGGCGCUGGCGAUGGGGCGGGGGGGCUCCGGGGGUGCUGUAGGAACACGCAGCCCCCCGGCUAUGACAGGGUGCUGGAGGAGCUGUCCCACGGGCGGCAGCCCCUGCGCCCCGUGGGGAGCCCGGUCCCCAAAAGCCCCGCAGGAGCUGCCCCGGGGGAGGCAGAGCGGCCGGGGGUGGGGGGCCAGACCCCUCGGGCACCCCGGGCCAGCAGCGUGGCCAAGCCCCGGCGGUGCCUGAAGAAGCCCGAGCGUGUGCCCUCCAUCUACAAGCUGAAGCUGCGGCCCAAGGUGCGCCCCCGGCGGGACCACAGGCCGGGCAAGCGCCCCUCGCGCAUCCCCACCCCGCUGGGACAUCGCCCCGCUGCCCCCCGGCGCCAGCAGCGACCCCCGGGGACCCCCCGAGCCCCCCAGACCGGCAGCACACGCCCCACGGCCAAGCCGUCCCUGGGUGACAGCGGCACCUGGCUGAGCGAGGAGGAUGAGGAGUCGUGGGUCUGAGCCCGCCCCGAGAGCCGGUGGGGACGGACCGAUGGACGGACGGACGGACGGAGCCCUCCCUCCGAAGGUGGCGAUGCUGCAGCUGCAGCUGCCCGAGGUUUCCCAGGGCAGCACGAAGGAGUCGCUCCCACACAACCCAGGGUGCCCCACCUCCCUUUUCAAAGCUGCACCCCCUCCUUCCCAGUGGAUUUUGUCUGUACUGGUAAUCCUGCUAAGCAGGCACUUUCGUACUGGUUUGGGUGGAAAAACCCAGCCCCAAAUGGAGAGAAUGGGAUAUUUUCUGCAGGGGGAAAGGUUUAGGCCCCCUGAAGUGGGGACAACCCGUCCUUGACAUCCAUAAAAACCAUCUCAUACCUCAGUGCUCCCCAUCUGCACCGCGGGAUGGUGUCAGACAGCUCCAAGAGCAUCAUCAGUCACUCAGGUUGGGGGGCACAGGAGGGGACCCUUCCUGACCCCCGUGCUGUGUGGGGGGUGAUGGAUGUCACUGAGGGUCACAGCAGGCACUGCUGCACCCCCAGCACAGACCCAGCAAUGCUGUUUGUGCAAUAGAGAUGUGCCAAAACUCUUCCAUUUCCACAUCUUUUCUGUGUGGGUGGGGAGGGAGAGAGGAUAAUCCUCAUGUGGGCACAGCAAACGUCCCCCUGAGAACCCCACAAUGCCCAAGAGAGUCUCAUUUUCCACGAGAGGAUGAAGUCAGCCCCACUUCCCUGCAGAGGAGCAGCAAAUGUGAGCGCUGGGAGUGCGGGAAUGCAAAAACACUCCUGAGGCUGGUACAGAACAAGGGGGACAGACCUGAUUUUUAAUUCCAUUUCAAAGAAGGAGGUGCAGGGCGUCACAGGUGGUGCAGACACCUCGGGAAUCUCUGACAAGGAGUCCAGGGGGGAGAGGAAAGCCAAGUCCAGGCAACUGGGAUACUCACUGGGGCAGGAGGAGGAGAGGGACAGGGAAGCAUCCUUGGUGGGGUCGAACCAAACCCAGGCAUCGCCUCCACGAGCACGGGGGCAGAAACCUGGCACUGCCCUGGGCACAGCAGUGGGGACAUCCCAGCCCAUGCCAGGCCCAGGCUGCUGUCAGCAGGACCAGGGUGGCGUUGGGUAAAUCUGUAGUAAGGUGUGAGUAGGGUGCUCCUGUGUGCUCCAAUCCCUGGGCGUGGACACCCCGGAUCUGCCUGCCUGGGGUUCCCUGCCUGCACCCAGGGUGCCACCACCACCACCUGCCCCUUCCUGGGCUCUUGGGGAAGUAACUCUUUGUAGCCCUCGUUUUCCCGGGAGCUGGGAAAUGCUGUCGAAGCAGUGAGAGUUGUUAUUAUUACUAAUAUAACUUCCUCUGUCUAUAAAGUACAAUAGAAUAUAACAAUUAUAUUUAUAACCUUUUUUUUUUUCUUCAAAAUACUAAAUAGAUGCUAUAAAAACCUGUAACUAAUUGUGCUAUAAACUGCAGGCUACAGGGUUAUAACAAACAAUGUAUUGGCUUAGUCGUUGAUAUGUGUACGUCAGAGCACUUUAUAAAUGCUUUAUUAUUAGCAUUUACCAAGGAAUUUCCUUCUCAGACAAUUUGGAGGGAUAAAGCUCUAGCCAGGGAUCGAUAAGUGGACUUACAUGUGUUAAUAAAUCCUGACAGGAUGAGCUCAGACAGGGCAGCCGGGUUUGCCAUGAGGGUGAGAGAUGGUGACAAUGGUGACAAUGCCACUGCCCUUCCUGGCUGAGAUGGACCCGUGCCC